UUUGCGUCCCGUCGCUUCCCGAAGAGAGCACUAUCGUCUGCGGUGUAAUAAUAACAACACAAAUAAUUAUUAUUAUUAUUAUUAUCAUUAUAUUCAUUAUAAUAAAUACACGUCGCGAUAUUAGUGCGCUAUCGGUUGCCGAACGAUUCGAACCGUGCAAUAGCUUUGUGCCAUUUGUGAUGACAGUUUGACAUACGUGCACUGUAGCUGUGUUACACGUAGCGACUCGUUCGAUUUCGUCGGGUGGUCCACGGCGUGGAUUUCUAAUACAUUUCUUGUUUUGCCUUUGAUCCUUUCCCGUUUCGACAGCACGGCAUCGCGAGGGAAUGAGCAUGGACCAACUAUCGCCACCAGGAGGAAACGAAAACGACGCGAGGUCCGUCAUACACGAGAACGUCACGCGCAUAGUGUACGUGGACAAGUCGCACGCGGACGCCGUGGCCGCACACUACGACCAAAACGAGUCGUCGGACUCUUCGACCAUUUGCACGCUGAGCAACGUGCUGCCGCCGAUCGGUUACGAGUACCAGCACCACGCGCAGCACCAGCCGCCGCCACCGCCGCCGUCGCAACUCUCGCCGCCGCCGCCGCCGCAACCGCCGCAGCCGAUGGCCGGUAUGAUCGGCGGGCCCAACGUGCUGCUGCCACCGGUGUACGCGGAAGAGCACCAGCAGUACGCGGUCGGCAACACCGCCAACUGUUACGCGCAGUCCGAGACCAAGCCGUGCUCCAGGGUGCGGUCGUACGAGUCCGAGAGAGAUUAUAAAAAGUCCGCAUGCGAUAGAGAACGAACGCGAAUGCGAGAUAUGAACAAGGCCUUCGACUUGUUGAGAAAUCGCUUGCCUAAGAGUAAACCACCCGGUAAAAAACUCUCGAAAAUCGAGUCAUUGAGGAUGGCUAUACGGUACAUAAGACAUUUGCAAGCUAUCUUGGAGUUUGGACCGGAAUACGAGACGAAGCUUUACACCGUGCCGUGCACUCAGUACCUGCCGCCACCCACAUAUUACGGUUAUCAGCCGCCGUACGGUCAAUGUUGGACAACAGCCGAAUACUCGCCCAACGUGAGCAAUCAAUACUAACAAUCUAACAAUAAUACCGACAAUUAUUGUCGGCCGUCAUUGUGUAUCGUAUCACUUAGUAUAUGUACGGAUUAUAAAUUUUCGUUUAGAAAGGUUUUCUUAUUUUAUUUUAUUAUUACCUAUAUACAUAUAUAUAUUUAUUUUAUUAUUAUUAUUAUUUUUUUUUUGUACAUUCAUAUGUUUAACGGGUACUUGUUUGCGGUUCGAUUUACGCUAUUGAUCAUCAUGUAUUCGUUUAUUAAUAAUUUUUUUUUUUUUUUUGCAUCGUGUUUCUUGUACACGCGCUAUUCUAUUUUAAGACUAAUAUAUUUAAAUUAUAUCGUGUAACACUAUAUCUAUUACAAAAUGCAUUUCUAAUAACCUAAUAGAAACUAUAUAAUAUGACAAUAAUCGAGAUUGACAUUGUACAACAUUUAAUUCAAACAGAUCUGUGUCGAUUUAAGUAUCUGAAAUAUAUAUAUAUAAUUACACAAAUACUCAUUCAUGCAUAAAUACAUACAUAUUUUG